UAAGAUUUAUCGCAUUGAGAUUGAUCCUCCGGGACUUCCUUAUGCACUGUGCGAACAAAUUUUGCGAGAUCGAACAGUCCCGUGCCGAGGGCCGGAUGUGACCCGCGGGCUGUAAAUUGAGAAUCACUGGUGAAUAGAAUCAUAUACUUGAGUUUUUAAGAUUGGGUUGUAUUCCUGAGAAACUAAUCCAUAAUGUAUAUAAUAAAUGAUGUGGGACAUUAUAGUCAUGUUAUAAAAUAAGCUGUCUGUCACAUGAUGUAAAGAUGUCUUCCUAGUCAUUCCUACAGCUUACACAUAGUAUUUUUGAACGACUCAGUUUGUUACAAAGUUUUUGAGAACCAUCAUGUCAUUCUCUAUGGCUCAGUCUCGAUGUUUGUUUUACUUGACCCUGGUCGUAGUAAUAUUUGCACUGUUGGGAUUGUACUCUUACAAGGGAGGAGGGACAUUGGUGAACUCAGUGCGUGGACAACAGGAUGUAGAUCACAGGUGCUCAGAUCUUUGCCCAAACGAUUCUCACCAGCUGAGGGCCAGCUCUUCCAAACAAGAACCAGGGGGGAGACUAGAAUGGAAAGACCGACUGGGCUCCCUGCCUAAAGUGGUCAACGUUAUACCAGCAGUGAAAGACGUUGAGAGGGAAUAUGAACACUGCGUACCUUUGCCCCUGUCGCCAAAACAAGGUGUCCGAAUUUGUGUGCAUGACCCGAAACGGGACGCUAUAGUUAGUGGGCAUCUGGCAGCAGGUAAACUUUGGGAGCCGAAUCUUCUUGGUGAAAUGGGUAAAGUCUUAAAUACAGACCCUGAGAUGGUCUUGGUGGACAUCGGGGCCAACAUCGGCGUGUACACCAUGUGGGCAGCGGCCAUGGGGCACAGGGUGGUCUCAGUGGAGAUGCUGCCCAACAACGCGCACUUGCUGCAGAGAUCUGUGGACGCCAACAACUUCGACAAGCAGGUGGUGAUUGUGCACAACGCCGUCUACAAGGACCAUCGGCUGCUAGGAACCAAGUUCGUCGCAGACAACGUCGGCGCAACAAGACUCAACGUUUCCGGAACAAGCCUCACUCUGGACAACACAAUGCGAACCGUUCAGGUCCACACGAUCUGCAUGGAUGACCUGGUUCCGCUCCUGGAAGGUUACAGCCUGUUCGUGAAGAUGGACAUCGAACGAAGCGAGCACUACGCCCUGUCCUGCGCAGACGCGUUCUUCAGCAAACUUCGGGUGAGGGUCGUCCAGAUGGAGUGGCAGGACCGCACCGAGGAAGAAGGGGACAUCAUUUUUAAAUUUUUAGACGCCCAUGGGUAUCAGUUAUCAGGAGCGGCUACUCGAUACGCUCCGGUGAAUGUAAAAACUCAACCGUACGAUGUGUACAUAUUGAAAAAACAGUCAGCUCUAUAAUUGUUAUUAUUAAUUAGGUCCUGUGUGUGGUGUGUUAAGCUGGUGAAAUAUUUUAACGCAAAUGCGGAAUUUGUAUGGGGUUGAAGAGAAAUUAUUGGAAUGUUUCAGUUAGAAUUACAAAAGAAAUAUUUGUUUGUUGCAUUUUAAUUUAUUGAAGAACUUUUUAUCAUUAGAGAAGAAAAGACUCUAUAAAUAGCUAACUUUUUUUAUGUCUCCGUUUUUUGUUUUCAACUUAUAUAAUGAUUUUGUGUACGCCCUAGCACUAUAGAAUCCAAUUUUUCUAAUUUCAUGUUUGUAGCUCUUUUAGAUUUUAGUUGGCAACAUUAACUUUUAAUUUGUCGUCCUUGACCUGGUUUAACUAGCAAAAAAAAAAAGGGGGGGGGGGAUAGUCUAUGCUUUUUUUUUUUGCCAAAGAAAAAUUUGAAGUCAAAAAGAAGAUGAUUACGUUCUACGCGUCAUGCAUUCAGUCAUGCAUAUUAACCAAUGACUUAAAUUCUGCCAAGUCACUGGUUUUCCUGGCUAGCUCAGGCUACCCAUUCCAUGCUCUAAUAGCACUAAAGAAGAAGGAGUAUUUGUACAAAUUUGUCCUAGCAUAUGGGGCGAGGAAUGAGCCUUUAUCUUUGUGUCUUUCUGGGUAUUUUAUUAAAUUUUGUUUUUGUAUUUGAAGAUUAUGGUUUAGUGUUUUAUGUAUAAUUGCUACUUUACUUUUGAGUCUUCUGUCCUGAAGGCUUUCUAAAUUUUGUGAUUUAGUUUUGUAAUAUUUACAAAUGAACAUAACGGGAAAUGAAUCUAUUUACCUUUUCAAAGGUAUCAUCGGGCUUAAGUGCCCUCUUUUAGUUUACGAGAUAAUCUUAUUAAUUACUAUUAUUUCCUUUCUUUAAAAAAAAUUAGUCCGUAAACAAAAAAAAAUGAUUGAUUUAUACAUUUAUAAAAAUUAAAAAAAAAAUCAAUCUAGAUAGUAGCCAGUAAAACAAAGACAGAAAUCUGUAUUGGAAUGAUAAAAAAUAGACUAGUCUUCACUUUGGCUACAUCCGGUAAACAAGUGGACUCGAGUAGACCGAAUUGAAAUUAAAAUAACAUUUAUUUACAAUGAAAGAAGAAAGUAAAAGGCUACAUUUAGAAUGGUGCUGCUUGGUCCACAUAUUCCAUGUUCAUUUCUGCCGCAGACUAAAUGUAGAGCUAAAACUGGUCGGAACUGAUAUCACAUAAUGUGUUAUGUAUCCAGAUUUGUGAUUUGAGUAUACCUCUCACUCUGUGUGUGCGUGUAUAUGUGUGUGGGUGUGUGUGAAUGGCUGCAUGGUUGUGGGUGUGUGUCAGUGAAUAUUAAUGCACGUGAAUAAAUAUUUUUGCUUUGAGCGGCUAGGGUAUGUUUUGUUGCUUGCUACAGGUAGAUGGCCUACAUUGCUAAAUUGAUUUGUACCUCUUUCGAGGUAUAUAAUUAAAGGGAAACUCUAAUGGUUUUUCAAAUUGUUAUUGAUAUAUUUGAAUUCUACGUAAAAAGUUGUAAUAGUAAACAUGUUACCAUUUUUUAUUUAAAUGCUUAGAAACAUUUAUAUAUAAUAAAUUAGUCGGUAAAUUAUU